AACUCACACUUACUAGGCUUUCGCUUGGGUUCUCUGCAAUCUCUCUCUCUCUCUCACACUCAUCACUCACUCACUCACUCACUUUGGGAUCGAAAGGCAAAAGCAUUAUUAUUCCCGUGAGCGUGAGUGACAGUAACAACAUAACAUCCCUUUCUCGUUUCUCUUUCCGUUAAAAUGGAAAACCACAUCUACGCCUCCUCCUACAGCCCCUCCACCAACUACAGAUUCCUCGACCCCGACGCCGCCAUGUUCCUCUCCCACCACCGCCCCGACUCCGCCGCCCUCCGCUUCCCCUCCGCCGCCCUCGACGCCGACAUUGCUCCGCCCGGCGUCACCUCCCGAAUCGCCUCCUCGGCCGCCGCCGCCGCCUCCCUCCUCUCCUCCUGGCCCCCCGCCGAACUUAAACGCUCCUCCGACGCUCUGUACCAUCCAACCAUUUUGGGUACACUUGGGCAAAAUGAAGCUUGGUAUUCUACAAACUCACUGGCCAAGCGCCCUAGAUAUGAAAGUGCUUCCAAUGUGACUAUAUAUCCUCAGAGGCCAGGAGAGAAGGAUUGUGCCCACUAUAUGCUCACAAGAACCUGUAAGUUUGGAGAUAGCUGCAAGUUUGACCAUCCUAUUUGGGUUCCUGAGGGUGGAAUCCCGGAUUGGAAAGAGGUUCCAAAUAUCGUUACAAGUGAAACUCCUCCCGAGAGACCAGGGGAACCAGAUUGUCCAUACUUUCUCAAGACUCAAAGAUGCAAGUUUGGUUCCAAGUGCAAAUUUAAUCAUCCCAAAGUUUCCUCUGAAAAUGCUGAUGUUUCUUCUGGCUUACCUGAGAGGCCAUCAGAGCCCCCUUGCACCUUCUACAUGAAAACUGGAAAAUGUAAAUUUGGUGCUGCUUGUAAAUUCCAUCACCCUAAGGAUGUCCAGAUUCAAUUGUCUGAUGAAUCGAGUCAUACUGUUGCACAGACACAAACAAAUUCCUUGAUGGGAGGAGCAAUAGGAGAUACACAGCCAAUUAAAUCUCUUAUAUCUCCAUCAUUGCAGAAUAGCAAAGGGCUCCCAGUAAGACUGGGGGAAGUGGAUUGUCCAUUCUACAUGAAAACUGGGAGUUGCAAGUAUGGUGUCACUUGCCGCUACAAUCAUCCUGACAGGAAUGCAAUUAAUCCAUCCAUUGCUGCAUUAGGCCCUUCUAUUUUGCCAUCCUCGGCUGCUAAUCUGAAUAUUGGAGUUCUUAAUCCAGCUGUGUCUGUUUAUCAAGCUUUUGACCCAAGGCUAUCAAAUCCAAUGUCUCAGGUGGGAAUUGCAGAAACUAUCUAUCCUCAGCGACCUGGACAGAUUGAAUGUGAUUAUUAUAUGAAAACUGGCGAGUGUAAAUUCGCGGAAAGAUGCAAGUUCCAUCACCCAAUUGAUCGCUCAGCACCAUCAUUGUCAAAGCAGGCUACUGCUGUUAAACUCACUCCUGCAGGAUUACCAAGAAGAGAGGGUGCUGUUAUCUGUCCAUAUUAUUUGAAAACUGGAACAUGCAAGUUUGGUGCAACCUGCAAGUUUGACCACCCACCACCUGGAGAAGUUAUGGAGAUGGCAAAAUCACAAGGAACAUCAGCCAAUGGAGGGGAAGCAGAAGAUGAUGAAAAGGACACUUCUGCUCCGGAACAGCAUUGAGAUCUUUUCUUAUGAAACUUCACUUUGUACUUUUUAGAGCCCUUUUUAUUCUGCUUUGUAUUUCGUAUCAUGAUGUUAACACUUUUAACAGGGGCUGAAGACCUCGCUUUUUUCUUAAAUUUAGUGACUAAUUUUUCCUUCAACUUGUAUGUGUGCUCUUUUGAAAUGGUUAGUUGACAUACAUUUUAUUUAA